AUGGGGGGCAACAAGCUCAACACGUUCCACUGGCACGUGUCCGACACCAACUCGUACCCGUUCCAGUCCAAGGUGUUCCCCAACAUCACCAACUACGGCGCGUCCACCGCCAAGCAGAUCUACACCCACGACGAGAUCCGCGACAUUGUCAAGUACGCCAAGGGCUUUGGCGUGCGCGUGGUGCCCGAGCUGGACGCGCCUGCGCACGUCGGUGCUGGCUGGGAGUGGGGUCCCGACGCCGGAUUGGGCGAAUUGGUGCUGUGCUACGGCGCCAACCCGUGGUUCGACUCGUGCGUGCAGCCCCCUUGCGGCCAGCUCAACCCGCUCAACGACAACGUGUACAAGAUCUUGGAAGGGUUGCACAACGAAUGGCUGAGCUUGUUCGACUCGGACGUGUUCCACAUGGGCGGGGACGAAGUGCACGUCGGCUGCUGGAACCAAUCGGCGGCCGUGUACCCGUUCGUGAAGGACCGCAACGACCCCAAGAGCUUUUUCCACUUGUGGGGCGAGUUCCAAGUGCGCAGCGCCAAGGUGAUCGAGAAGGCGCAGAAGAAGGUCAUGCUGUGGAGCUCCGACUUGACCACCCCCGACUUUUACAAGUACCUCCCCACCAACAACACGAUCGUGCACAUUUGGAGCGACUACGCCGGUGGUGACACGAAGCGCCUCACGGACGCCGGGUACGAAGUCGUCCUGUCUUACUGGGACGCGCACUACUUGGACUGCGGCUUCGGCGGGUGGGUCAACAAGGGCAACGGCUGGUGCAACCCGUACAAGACGUGGCAAGUGAUCUACGACACGGACAUUGUGCCCAACGUCACGGCGGCCAACCAGAAGCUCGUGCUCGGGGCGCAGGUGGCCCUCUGGGCUGAGAUGGCCGACGGUUUGUCUGGUGACUUCAAGAUCUGGCCCCGUGCGUCGGCGCUGGCCGAGCGCUUGUGGUCCAACCCCAAGACCACGUGGAAGGACGCCAUGUCCCGCUACCGCACCCACCGCGACCGCCUCGUCCAAACCGGCGUCGCCAUGGCCCCCGUGCACCCCGAAUGGUGCCGCCAAAACCCCACCGAGUGCAACUUGCUUUAAGUCGCAUAUUGGAGUUGUAUGAGCUGGCCCCGUCUGUAGGAAGCUAGUGUAAAUGCGUGUAAUGAGAGAAGCCUAUUGUGUGU